CGCGGCUCCCGGUCCUCCCGUGCCCCGCCGCGACGCCUUUGUGGUGACCCCCUGCCGCCACUUCUUACGUAGGCUAGGGUAUAUUGGCAGAGAGGACCGGGCAGUCUUUAUAAUGAUUCACGUAUGCUCUCUAGAUAGGAAGACCUCCACGUGCCCAGUGUCCUUGUCCCUGGAGAAGGAUGUUGUUUUUCCAGAGCCUGAAUUGAAGAUUUAAAUCCCAAGGUCAUGGCAAGACAUCUGAAGUUCAUUGCCAGGACUGUGAUGGUACAGGAAGGAAACGUGGAAGGGGCAUACAGGACUCUAAACAGAAUCCUCACCAUGGAUGGGCUCAUUGAGGACAUUAAGCGACGGCGGUACUAUGAAAAGCCUUGUCGCCGACGACAGAGGGAAAGCUAUGAAACCUGCCGGCGGAUCUACAACAUGGAAAUGGCUCGCAAGAUCAACUUCUUGAUGCGAAAGAAUAGGGCGGACCCAUGGCAAGGCUGCAGAGGCCUGUGGGUAGUAGGCCCAGUAUGAAGCUCCCUAUCCAGCUGUCCCCUUCCUAUCUCAAAGCCCAUUUGUUCUUACCUUUUUUUUAUAAUAAUAAACUCAAUCACAUAUACGCAAGAA